AUGGGUGAUUGGAGUGCUCUUGGACGUUUGUUGGAUAAGGUCCAGGCAUACUCCACCGCCGGAGGCAAAGUCUGGCUCUCGGUCCUUUUCAUCUUUCGAAUCCUGGUCCUAGGCACGGCAGUCGAAUCGGCCUGGGGGGAUGAGCAGUCUGCCUUCAAAUGUAACACCCAACAACCUGGUUGUGAGAACGUCUGCUAUGACAAAUCCUUCCCCAUCUCACAUGUCAGAUUCUGGGUCCUGCAGAUCAUCUUCGUCUCAACCCCGACACUACUUUACCUGGCGCAUGUCUUUUACCUGAACAGGAAAGAACAGAAGCUGAACAGGAAGGAGGAAGUGCUUAAAAGUGUACAAAAUGACGGCGGAGAUGUAGACCUCCCUCUAAAGAAAAUUGAAAUGAAAAAGCUCAAGUACGGUAUCGACGAACACGGUAAAGUAAAGAUGAAGGGCGCGUUACUCCGUACCUACAUCGUCAGCAUUUUUUUCAAGUCCAUGUUUGAAGUGGGUUUUCUCGUGAUCCAGUGGUACAUAUAUGGCUUCAGCCUGGCGGCUGUCUACACCUGCGAGAGGGCUCCGUGCCCGCAUAGGGUGGACUGUUUCUUGUCACGGCCCACAGAAAAGACAGUCUUCAUAAUCUUCAUGCUGGUGGUCUCACUGGUUUCCUUGCUGCUGAACGUCAUUGAGCUCUUCUACGUGUUUUUCAAGAGGAUCAAGGAUCGCGUGAAGGGCCAACAACAGCCGGCUCUCUUCCCUAGCGGAGGAACACUCAGCCCAACCCCCAAGGAACUCUCCACCACCAAGUACGCUUACUAUAACGGCUGUUCUUCACCUACCGCCCCACUUUCGCCAAUGUCGCCCCCAGGUUACAAGUUAGCCACAGGUGAGAGGGGGACGGGCUCCUGUCGCAACUUUAACAAACAGGCCCAUGAGCAGAACUGGGCCAACUAUUCCACUGAGCAGAACCGCCUCGGCCAGAUUGGAGGAGGUGGUAGCACUAUUUCCAACUCCCACGCGCAAGCAUUUGAUUUCCCCGACGAUACCCACGAGCAUAAAAAACUCUCCUCGACGGCAGGACACGAGAUGCAGCCUCUGGCGCUGAUGGACGCCAGGCCCUGCAGCCGGGCUAGCAGCCGGAUGAGCAGCCGGGCAAGGCCGGACGACCUGGAUGUGUAA